UAAUACUUAGGGAACUUCGUAGUGUAUAAGGCGGAGUGAGAGUCACGAAGAACACAGCUGCAAGCCACAGCACCAGUAAAACGACAAGGGCUCUUGCAAGAACCCGGAAAACUACGGCGAAAAAGUGAGAAUAUGACACGGUCAGAAAACUGUAAUAGGCUGCUGAAAGGAAUGAGCAGCAAAUUAUAGAAACAAAUACUGCAACGUGAAACCGAAAAGAAUGAAAUCCAAGCCAUUUAAUAUAAUAGUCUGUGGAAGAAGCAAUGGUCCGGAAAAGUGACUGGCCCCCUAAAUAGACUAAAAUUAAUUUGAUGCGACAAAAGGUGUCUCGAUAGCAAGAUUGAGGGAUACUGACACAAAUCAGGGAAUGUUUAAUGGAAAGCUUUGGAAUUGCCAAGGAGUUUCGAAGAAGUGUAUUUGAAGGGAAAAAUUACGAAGUGUGCAAAUUUAACACUGGAAAACAGUAAAAGCAUCGAGACUGAGGAAAUAGUGAAUUUUUAAUUGAAAACGCUACAAUUGAAAACUAUUCUGAUCAGGACAAACUCGGAGAUUUGCAGCUAGUCACCCACCUCUGAACUUAAACACUAACUUGUUAAAUAUUGGCUCCAAAGCUAAAAGUAAUGUGAAGGAUUUUAAAAUUUCACGUAUCGUGCCCAAUGUUUGCUGGCAGCAUUGAGAAUAUGGCUCACAGGUUUUCUUCAGGCUGUCUAUAUUAAUAAUGGGGCAAAGGCUCCAUCUAGUGAACAAGAUCUAAUACCACAAAAAAGCUUCAACAUGAACAUGCCUUUAAUCGCUCUUCCAGCUGAAACGCUCAUCAGCAAUGGGUGCGUCAAAACAGACCUCAUUGAGAGUCACUAUAAUUACACAGGGAAAUUCAACAAAAAAGGAAAACCCACCAAUGGGAUGGACCUAACUACUGUGGCCUUUCUGAUCAUCUGCAGCUUCAUCGUGCUUGAAAACCUUAUGGUUCUCCUAGCCAUUUGGAAAAACAACAAAUUUCAUAAUCGCAUGUACUAUUUCAUUGGUAAUUUAGCCCUAUCCGAUCUUCUGGCAGGAAUAGCUUACAUAGUAAACAUUCUUAUGUCUGGAAAUAAGACUUUUGGCCUCACAACAACUGUAUGGUUCAUCAGGGAAGGAAGUAUGUUUGUAGCAUUGGGAGCCUCCACCUUUAGCUUGCUAGCAAUAGCAAUUGAGAGACACAUGACUAUGAUAAAAAUGAGACCCUAUGAUGCAAGUAAAAAGUACAGAGUUUUCCUCCUCAUUGGCGCUUGUUGGCUAAUAUCCAUUUUACUUGGUGCCUUGCCUAUCCUCGGUUGGAACUGUAUCUGCAACUUCUCGGACUGCUCCACAGUCCUGCCACUUUACUCCAAAACGUACGUUGUCUUCUGCAUCAGCAUCUUCAGUGCAAUUCUGUUGGCCAUCGUAAUACUUUAUGCUCGUAUUUAUAUACUGGUUAAGACAAGUAGCCGCAAAGUUUCAAACAGAAAAUUUACAAAAAACAAUUCAGAGAGAUCAAUGGCUCUGCUGAAGACAGUAGUGAUUGUUGUAGGAAUUUUCAUUGCAUGUUGGUCCCCGCUUUUCAUUUUCUUGCUCCUUGAUGUAGCUUGUAAACCAAAUAAGUGCAGUAUACUGUAUCAAGAGGAUUGGUUUAUUGCAGUCGCAGUCCUCAAUUCUGGCAUGAAUCCCAUUAUCUACACUUUGGCCAGCAAAGAGAUGCGUCGGGCUUUCUUCCGUCUUCUUUGUGGCUGCCUAGCCAGUACUAGAGUCUCCAAGGCCUUAUCAAUUAAGUUAGCUGCAGAUAACAGCAAAAGCAAGUCCAGUGGCAGUAAUUCACAAAAGGUGAAUGAAGGAGAGCUGUCACAAAUCAAUACCCCAUCAAAUGUAAUCAAUUCUGUGAACUUAACAACUCCCAGUGGAGAAUUUUAAUCUUUAUAGGUUAAAAUGCCUUAAUAUACAGUAUUACUUCCACAAGUUAAUAACUCUUAAUUUUUAUUUCUUGGAACUCUUAACUUCCUCUGAAACAGAUAUUUCUUUUUGUAGUUUCAGGAUAUGAAAUAAUUACAGAUUUCUGAUGUCUUUAACACCAAAAUCACAAGUUAAAUGUUCACACAAUACAUAUUGUACAAAGGACUUUACCAAACAUUCCCAUAAAAUGCCAUUAAUUCAGAACUCUUCAGUUGCCCUGAAGUUUUCUGUGGCAUUUUAGAAUAUGCUGUUAAUCAGAAAUUCCUUUCUCUGCUAUCUUAAUUUAAAAUACAUUAGUGUAACUUCUGAUGAAACAGUUGAGCAAGAAGUUUCAGACCAAUGCGUUGAUAUUUGUGGACUAGCUUCUCAUAAAAUAAUUUCAGGAGUUGCAAUAUUCAGGGAGAUUCCAUUAAACUCAAUUCUACAUAACUUUGAAGGAGCUUUUAACCCCUUUGACAAUGAUCUGCAUUUUCAGGCCUCCUUACCACUGUGAAACUAUGUUGUUACAAUUAGUAGCAUGCAGUUACUUCUGUCGAUAAAAUAGCAGUGUUAGAUAAUUUCACCCUUUCAAGAAUCCCUGAAGUAUCAGAGCUUCUUCUCAGAAACAUAUUUCUUAACUGUAUGAACAUCUAAAAUCCUUAUUCUAACUCCUUCUGUAUGUCUUAGUAUUCACAAAUGGCUUCAUUAAAAAUCACAGUGAACAAUUUAUCAAAUGUUCAUAUGGGACACCACAGAAAACAUAACUCAUUCAACAAUGGCAGUGCUUGACUUUGCACGCGUGUAAAACAGGUGACAUUUCUCCCUAUUUUUUAUUUCCGUUGGAGAAAGAGAUUUACUAGAAUCACUAAUAGAUUAGAUAUCACUGAGGACUCAGUUAUGUAGGGAGCCGAGAGAAGCUGUGAUUGUUCUCCUUCAAGCAGAAACAUUUGAGGAGAUUUUUAAUGAAAACAUUCAAUAUUAUAUGCAGCUUUAAUACAGCAUAUGAGAAAAAGUGUUUCUAAUAACAGAAAGUUUGACAAAAAGAUAACUUAGAUUUAAGAUAAUUGGCAGAAAGAAAACAAGAGAUAAGGAGAACUUGUUUAUGUGGCAGAUCAUUACCGAUUGGAAUAUUCUGCCUGGAAGGGUAGUGGAAGUAGAUGGAAUUGUAAAGUUCAAGGAACUUGGGCAUUUAUUUGAAGAGAAAACAUUUAUAUGGCUAUAAGAAAAGAAUGAUUGGGAGUGAGACCAAUUGCCUAGAUCUUUCAGAGAGCCAGGAUGAAAUGCCUUCUUUCAUGUUGUAAGCUAAUAGGACUGUAUGUUAAAUAGGAUUCUAAUGCAUUAUCAAAUAGUUGUUUAACACUAUUGUUAAAAGUGAUCACAGUGCUUUUAAAAAGUACACAGUUGGAGAUUUAUGAAUUACAUAAGUCAAUACAUGUUCUUUUAAUUGAGCUGAUCUGUCUCUUUUUUGUAGAAUUCUAAUUGUAAAUAAAUGAUCUUAUGUAGCUAUGGUUAUUUUUGAAGCAAUCUGAUUGUUUGAAACAUUUAGUGUGAAAAAAAUGGCUAAAGGAAAUAAUUUUGAGAAUACAAUUGUUAAAUAUAUAGAACUAUAGCUUUGCUGCUGCCUUAUUUAAAUGAAUAAACAAGACGCUUAUCAUAUCUUAGGAUGCUAUAAUAGAAACCAUGGACAUGCUGAUCCCAGACAUAUGGUCUCAAUCUUUUAGAACGGCAUCUAAAGGAAGACCUUAAAAUUAAAUCCUUAUUUCUUUCCUCCAAUGGGUUUGAUUUAUUUGGUAUUUCUUAAAGAACUGUCUACAGGAAAUCUAAUUUUAGAUUAUCAUAUGAUUAGUUUUUUCAAUGGAAGAUAAAGUGCACCAUUGAGAUUACAAUCAUGCUACAUCUGCAGGUAAACUAUUACUUAGAUAUAUUUGACUGCAAUUAGUACAGAUUGAUGUUUCAAAAAUGCAUGAGCAUCCAAAUCAAUUGUGAAUGACUAAUACACCUCUCAGUAAAAAGCUGAUAUUGCACUCACAGCUAGUUUCAUGUGAAUUGUGAAUAUUCAAUGUCAAAUUUUGUGCACAGUCAACUGAUUAUGUUGCUUGUCCACAUAGUAGAGAAGGUACUAUUUGUUAAACUGUUACUGAUAUAGUCAUUAUUAAUCCAUAUCUAUGUUAUACAUAUAGUAUUGUGUGAAAAUCGUUUUCUCAUAAGGACACUAUGAAAAUCCUUUAGAAAAACCCGACCACCCUCCUCCCUACAUGUGUUUACAUCAUGCAAUCCAAUUAUUUCUUAAAUAAUCCCAGCCUUUUGUCACCAUUAUUUCAUCUGAAAAGCUAUCUCAUUCUUUAAGUGGUAUUUUUGCUAAGAACCUCAUUAGAUUAGUCAUCAAUUUGCCUUUUAUUGGUUGAAACUGUACCCAUUUCUGUGUUCUAUGUUGCAUUCCCCUGAGUUUCUUUUGACUUGAAUAAAUCAACAUACUUUUCUUUACCAAUUGUUAUCUUAUCGUCUUAUAGCCCAAGCUUCUACAAGUAUUCUUCCUAUGAUACAGCAGC